AGAGGCGGAGGUGGACCUGCCUGUCAGAUGGUUUGUUGUUGUUCUGUCUGCCAGGUUGAGAGGGGGAAUGUGAAAGUGAGAAAUUUAACAAGGUGACCAGGAAACAGGAGAGCCAGAGCGACGUGCAACCCGAUGGAGCUUCAGAAGCCGUGACUUUCUUUUAACGAGAGAGAAGACUUUUGUUGCACGAGCUUGUCAGAAAAGGAGCAUCGCAGCACGUCUUUGCAGUGGAGGCUGAAAGGUUGUUUGUGGACAGUACAAUGAGAGAAGAGGUGUCCUGCACCAACUCCCCCGAAGGAGGUCUGGGGGCCAGCGAAGAGGAACUGGAGAGAGGAUCGAAGAAGAACCUCCAAGGAGGAAACCGAAAGCGUUCCCCUUUCCCUAAGAAGGAUAGCCUCGGCCAGGCGGAGGAGAGCAGCACGGGCAGCCCCAACAGCCUGCUGCCGACCGGGCCGAAGAAGGUGAAGAAGAGCCCCACGACGGUGGUGUCGUUGGCCCCGACGUCGCUGGGACCCCGGCUGGACCAGCCCUUCGAGGACCUCCACUCUCAGCGGGUCAUCGCCAACGUGCGGGAGCGUCAACGCACUCAGUCCCUGAACGACGCCUUCUCCUCUCUACGCAAAAUCAUCCCCACGCUACCUUCAGACAAGCUGAGCAAGAUCCAGAUCCUGAAGCUGGCCUCGCGUUACAUCGACUUCCUCUACCAGGUGCUGCAGAGCGACGAGAUGGACGCCAAGCUGGCCAGCUGCAACUACCUGGCCCAUGAAAGACUGAGCUACGCCUUCUCCGUGUGGAGGAUGGAGGGGGCCUGGGCCAUGUCCGCCAGCCACUAGGACCCCAUUCUCUCCUAAAACCCUCUCGUGUCCACAUCUCCACCCCACCGCCUGUGUCUGUGUUUGCACCCGUUUCCUGACCUCUGACCCUCUGAAUUCUUCCCCCUCUGGUCUGAUCUUAACCUCUUCAUCUCAAACCUUUGCAUACAUUCCUGCUCCAUACUGGUUUCCCUCCAUCUCUACACCAGUAUUAACAUCCAGAGUUGGAUCUUUGCAUGUCCCCCUUCCAAUGUCUCCACUGCUCUCCCUUGUCUGUCCCUCAGUUUAGUCCAGUGCAACAAGACGCUCCACUGCAGCCCCUUCAGAAAACCGACAAAUGGAAAAUUCACUCAAAGAAGAAAAUGUGUUCCUGCCUCACCAGAAAAUCCCCCAUUUUUUUUAAUCUUUCUUUUUCUCUUUUUCUGGACUCGACUCAUGACACUGAGAUGUAUUCCUGCAGCUCGACUCUGACUGCGUUUCUGAAACGCUGCUUGAGAGUCGAGCGCUGAACAUUUUGAAUGAAGAAAACAAGGAAAAAAACAAACAAACAGCUGGCCUGCGUUGACAAUGAAACAAAAUGGCUGCUGGUUCGAGUGCCUUUGGGUAACACCGUGAUAACCAUCAUCCAGCCGACUCUUCGCAUCGGAUGACUCACUGCCAGACAGACAUUAAGAUGACUAAUGAUAAUGGCACAGUGAUGGUUAGAGGGCGGUCACAGCCAAUGAAUGUUUACAGCUAAAAUGCUAAUAAGCUAAUCGCUCUGGCUCUCGAAGCCCCGUCUUGUGGGAAAAAGAGGAGCACGAGGAAUCUGAUGCAGAUCUUCUACUCUUGUGUUGUGCUGUAGGAACUGGAUAGCUUUCUGUGUAUUUUAUAUCUGUUUGUGAAUUUGGUGUGUGCACACUGUAUGACUUUAACUCUGCUCAUGCAUUAUUACACUUAAUGAAAAAUGCCCAUGGGAAAAAUGUCUUAAACCACUGAUCAGAGUUCAGCCACUUCUGUUGAUUUCCACUUCAGCUUUUCUGUUAUUAGUGAGCGUCGCAGAAAGUUGUAUUUUUUUAAAAAUGCAAGACAAUCUGCGUGUCUUUUUUCCUGCCGCUUUACUGUAAGAAAUAUCUUUGCAAACCUGCUGCGAGCGUUUUCACUGAAUAAUAAAGUCAAAGCAGAAGGUUUCUUGUAAAAAAAAAAAAAAAAGCGCCCAAAGUGAUGAAGAAGUGAUUCCAGCCAUAAAGUAGAGGAUUCAUUUGAUAGUCUAAUUACUGUUUGUUUCUUUUGUAUUGUUUUGCAUUUUGCUUUUGAUAUCUUUAUUGUGUCAGCUCCUGUGGACAAUAAAAGUUUUCUUGAUGCUGUA